CCGCCAUGUCCUUCGCAUCUCGCCGGAAAAUCCAUCGUUCUCCGGUGACAUAGCCCGAACACACAGAGACGGUCGCCGGAGUUUAAACAAAAGCAGACAAAUUCGCUCGAAAAGCAAGAGCUUGUUGGAUCACAAAUUAUCCAGAAUAUAUAACUCAAAUUAAGCACCCAUGAGAAGCGUCAAUAGCAGCGUUGAUACUAUCAACGCCGCCGCCACUGCCAUCGUCUCAGCCGAAGCUCGAGCGCAGCCCACCACUGUCCCUAAAAGAAGAUGGGGAAGCUGCUGGAGCCUAUAUUGGUGCUUUGGGUCUCAUAAAAACAAGCGAAUUGGUCAUGCUGUCCUCGUUCCUGAGCCCGUAGUUCCAGGAGUUGCAGUUUCUGCCAUUGAUAACCAAACAACCUCAACUGCAAUUGUAGUACCCUUCAUUGCCCCUCCAUCUUCUCCUGCAUCUUUCCUCCCAUCUGAUCCACCAUCUGCUACCCAAUCACCUGCUGGAUUUCUGUCCCUCAAAUCUCUUUCUGCCAAUGCCUACUCUCCGGGUGGUCCUGCAUCCAUCUUUUCCAUUGGCCCUUAUGCAUAUGAGACCCAGUUAGUCUCACCACCUGUAUUCUCUACCUUCAACACUGAACCAUCUACUGCUCCAUUCACUCCCCCUCCCGAAUCUGUGCAGCUGACUACACCUUCAUCCCCUGAAGUGCCUUUUGCUCAACUUCUGACUUCUUCACUGGACCGAAAUCGUAGAAAUAGUGGUACCAACCAGAAGUUUGCAUUGUCACACUACGAAUUCCAGCCUUACCAACAAUAUCCAGGAAGUCCGGGUGGUAAUCUCAUAUCACCAGGAUCAGCAGUCUCAAAUUCUGGCACAUCUUCUCCUUUUCCUGACAGACACCCUGUGCUUGAGUUUCGCAUGGGAGAAGCUCCAAAACUCUUUGGCUUUGAUCAUUUCACCACUCGUAAGUGGGGUUCUAGGAUAGGUUCUGGAUCAUUGACCCCAGAUGGUGUGGGGCUGGGUUCUAGGCUAGGUUCUGGGUCGUUAACGCCGGAUGGCAAUGAGCUAGGUUCAAGGCUAGGCUCGGGAUGUGUGACCCCCAAUGGUGCUGGAAUCGGUUCCAGGUUGGGUUCUGGAUGUUUGACGCCUGAUGGUCCUGGCCCUGCCUCUAGAGACAGUUUCCUUCUGGAGAACCAGAUAUCUGUGGUGGCAUCCCUGGCCAACUCAGAGAGUGGAUGUCAAACUGUGGAAACUGUAUUUGAUCAUAGGGUGUCAUUUGAAUUGACUGGUGAAGAUGUUGCUUGCUGUCUUGCAAAUAAAGCAGUGGCAUCAAAUAGAACUGCAUCAGGAUCUUCAAAGGUUAUAGCAUCAGAAUACCCAAGUGAAAGGGAUGCGUUAUCUUCAGAUUCUAGUAAUCACUGUGAGUUUAGUGUUGAGGAAAGUUCCAGUAGAAUUCCUGAAAAUGUUUCUGGGGAAGGGGAGGAUCAAGGUUACCGGAAGCAUAGAUCCAUCACCCUUGGGUCAACGAAGGACUUUAAUUUUGACAACACGAAGGCUGAAGUUCCCAAUAAGCCCAACAUUGGCUCAGAGUGGUGGGCUAACAAAAAUGUUGCUGCUAAGGAAUCUAAGCCUUGUAAUGACUGGACUUUCUUUCCAAUUCUACAACCUGGAGUUAGAUGACAUAGGAAUGAUUCAACAUGGCUUCACCUCUAACCCAUCUGAUGUAUAGCUUGGUAAACCUGGGAUCACAUUGUUGAUGGAUGGAUGGAUGGAUGGAUUGCAGAGAUGAGAGUUUCUUUGGCCCUAAAAAUAUAAUUCAGAGAGAAAAUAGAUUGUAGAAUUGUUAGUGUGAGUACUCAAAGGAGCAUUCUUUAGAACAUUUCUUUACUU